UGGCUCUUUUUUGUUGUUGUGCUGUAUGUGAUCCUGAAGUUUCGAGGAGAUAGUGAGAAGAGUAAGGAUCACAAUCUUCCCAGCCUUCGAGGCUGUUCAUUUCGCUCUCCACUAAAGAAAAAUCAAAAUGCUCCCCCAAACAAAGACUAUGCGUUCUCUACCUUAACCCAACUCGAGAUGGACCUUGUGAAAUUUGUGUCCAAGGUGCGGAGUCUUAAAGUUGCUGUGGCAACUAGCAGUAACCUCAGGCUUCAACGCGCAGGCCUGCCUGCAGAUCCAGACAAUAAUGUUACCAUAUAUGAAAUAUGGGGAGAAGAAGAGUCCGACUGAACGCAUUUGUGUGUCCGAGGAGAAGAGAAGAGUUGAGUGUGGACAAACAGUAUACAAACUAAUAAAAUGAUUCUGAAGAAAAAGAAUUCCCUCCUUUGAGACCUUCCUUUUUUUCCCUUGUUUCUUUCUAAUAGAAUUAAAAAUGAACGUGAGACCAGUAACCUUCGUAGUUUUUGUUUUGUUUCUGUCUUUCUUCCUUCUGCUAGGUCUUCGGGUGGUCAGAAGCGUGUGGAAAACUACAUAGGAGCUUAUGAUGAUACCAUUCUUGACCACGGUGCAGCGGCCCAAGUAGGAUGAUAAGGCUUGGGAAAGUGGGGAUAUCAUCUUUAUUGAAACCCUUGAUUUCUUCUUAUAGUACUUAUUUGUACAAAAUGAGUUGGUUUUUAUCCUUACGACUUACUGCAUUACAAAAGACAACUUUAAUUACAGGAUUAAACGAUAAAAUCAGAUGGUUUCGGGGGAACUCUUGAACUCAUUCGAUUCUUUCACCAGUAGAAACGUCCAUUCAUUCCACCUCAUGGAUUCCAUGGCUUGACUUUUU